UUGUGUUUUUACUACGUCGCGGAAGGAUCUAAGUUUCUCAAGCGAGGGGCGACACAUCCGCCCAGUUUUCCGAUGUUUCAUUCCCCCCGAGUUGAAAAUGGAGUUCGAUUAAAGCAGAUGUCCAGAACUUCUCAAGGGAAUUUCAGGUGUAGGUGUUUUUACUGAACGCGUCAGUAUUGGUGUGGAAAGCAGCUCAACGCUUUGGGGGCUGUUGGAUGCCUUUACUGCAAAUUAGUCGGACACGUUGACGGAGCAACGCUGCACAUAGCGCUUUUCAAGUGUUGUCCUGGACCUGAAGUUGGCGAAUGGAUGCUCGACAGCCAGCCACAAAUAACCUGCCAAACGGUCCCCUCCGCAACGCGUUUUGAGGAUAUAUUCACGUUUCUGCACGUCGGGAUUGUGUGUUCGUCGAAGAGGAUGAUGCCGAUGGUCCGUUUGUUGUGGUCGGAUUUUACUUCCAGGGAGGAUAAAAUGAAUCAACGGUUGUCAUUGCUCCUCGCGAUUUAACGUUAGUUGCAGCCAGCAAAGCUAACGUCCAGCUAGCUUCGCUCGCCUUUUCCACAAGGGACGCUCAGCCAGGCAUGCCCCUCCGUGCACCGCUCACCCAUCAUCUAAAAUAGGGCUCGUUUCUCCGUGUGAAGGAAAAUGGUGAUAUUUGUGGUAUUUUAUCCCGCCGUCACUGCGUCGUCGAUGCUAUUGCUAGGAUUUGGAUCCCCGUGAGGAAAAAAAUGAGUGAAGAUUCAACAAAUCCAAACAACGAUGACAGUUAUGCGCGUGUGAGAGCAGUGGUCAUGACUCGGGAUGACUCCACUGGUGGGUGGCUUCCCCUGGGGGGUGGAGGCCUUAGCUGUGUCACCGUCUAUAAGGUCAGCCGAGCGGAGGACUGUAACAGCACCCACAGUGGAGGCAGUGGAGGAAGCAGCAACAACCUCAGCCCUUGUAGCCCUAGCCCUAGUCCCAGUCCCAGCCCGAGCCCUAUUCCCAGUCCCACCACUGUGGAGUUCCACAUCAAGGGCGAGAGGCUGAAAGAUAAAUUGGUGGUGCUGGAGUGUGUCCUGCAGAAAGACCUUGUGUACAACAAGGUCAACCCCAUCUUCCACCACUGGAGAAUCAAUGACAAGAAGUUUGGAUUGACGUUCCAGAGCCCCGCUGAUGCCCGCGCCUUUGACCGGGGCAUCCGCCGGGCCAUAGAGGACAUCACUCAAGGUUGUCGGUCAUUUGGAGAAGGGGAUACUUCUGAAGAUGGACUACCAGUUUGCGAUGAGCCUCCCUCUAUUUGCACCCCAAUGAAGCAGCCCUUCUCCCCCCUGAACAAUGUUGUCUCUACCGAGCCAUUCAGGGGCUGUUAUGUGCGCGCUCAGCCCUUCGAUGAAUUUACCUCCAGCAACCGCCGCUACCUGCCUCCACAGGUCUUUAAGCCCACUCGUCAUGUGAGUUUUCAUGUGGACGAAGAGGAGAUCGUUCGCAUCAACCCACGCAAGGACGUGCUAAUCCGUGGCUAUGAGGAUUACCGCCACCCUGUCAUGUGGAGACAGGAGACCGACCGCGAGGACCCAGACUUCCCCAUCGCUUUUCACAAACUGGACAGUAAAAAAUGCGAGUAUCCCUUCACCGACGGCCCCGGUGGCGACCCGCACCCCGGCCCCGGCAUGGGCAUGGGAACAGGCCUGGGUCUGGGCAAGGACACAGCCAUCAAGACUCAGCCUUCGCCCGUGCUCAAGUCCAAGAAGGGCCGGCGGCGGCGGGAGGACGGCGAGCGCUCGCGCUGCAUCUACUGCCGGGAGAUGUUCAACCAUGAAGACAACUGGCGGGGGCAGUGCCAGGACGCCCCCGACCCAAUCAAGCAGUGCAUUUACAAAGUGAGCUGCAUGCUGUGCGCCGAGAGCAUGCUGUACCACUGCAUGUCUGACUCGGAGGGCGACUUUUCCGACCCCUGCUCAUGUGACACGUCUGACGAGCAGUUCUGCCUCCGCUGGCUGGCCCUGGUGGCGCUCUCCUUCAUCGCGCCCUGCAUGUGCUGCUACCUGCCCCUGCGGGCCUGCCACCACUGUGGCGAGGCGUGCCGCUGCUGCGGGGGCAAGCACAAGGCCGCGGGUUGACCCGACGCCGGACCCCGGGACACCCUCAAAGCUAGCUAAACACAGGAAGUGGAUAAAAGCGGAAAAUUAAAAGCCGGCAUCCUUUUUUCAUUCCCCUCUCAGACGGGGUGAUAUGUUGUUGAUCCCCAGCUCUGAGGGCUUUUGGAGAUUUCAGUUUGUGUUUGUCGAUGACACGCAGCAGCGGAGGACAAACCAUAUGCUUUGUGGGGCUCUGAGCAUUAAGCUAAGUUCAGGAGCUUAAUCUGUGGAGAGGAGGUGGAGGAUACGUCAAGCUUAACAGACUUGGAGAUGUUACUAAACACACCUGUACACACGCAUACACACACACACAACCUUCUCCUGCAUUCACACUCAUGCAUUGACAAAGCCAGGCCAUGUCAAAACUCUACUGCAAGUAACAUGUAACUUUAUGAAGGAAAUGUGUCUUUUGUACAGAGAGAGACGACUUAACGAGAAAAAAGAAAAAAAAAUACUCUGACUUUAGAAAACUACUUGCUGUUUGAGUAUGCUAAAAGGGAUAUGUUGCUUUUUUUGUGAAUUUGCAGUUGAGUAACAGUGGCCUUUCCUUCACGGCUUAAGCAUUUGCUGACUGUGUAAUUACUAGACAGAAAAGUGCACUAUAAAUUGCAUUUCCCCCCGACUAAAGGUAAUCCAUUCAAAUUGUCAUGGUAUUUUAAACACUGUAGUAUAAUUUGAACAAUUGAGACAUGUGGCCAGUUGGUUUCCCUCACAUUAAUUAUAAACUAUAAACAUUAAUGAACAUUAAUUCAGACGUUCUGACAACCCCCCCCCCCAGAUUCCCACCAUUCGAUUGCAUUCCAAAAAAUAAGGAAUUGAUUCCAUGAUUAAAAAUGAAACAUGGUAAAAAGCUUACCAUGCCGACUUCCCCAAUAUAGUUUUCUUACUUUAGCGUAGAACUUCCCCUCAAAUCUGCAUUGAAACCAAUACAUGACAGUUUCAUUUACGCCAGUGAAUCUCUGCUUUACUUCAGGUCUUUACUGCUGUAGUGAAAUUGGUGUUUUUGUUUCUUUAUUGUGAUUUUCCUGCUUUUUUUUCCUGAUUUAUUAUUUUUUUAAACACAGGCUGAAAUGUUGCUCAACCAGCAAGUUUUGUUUUGGUGAGUAAAGGGGUUCCGUGCUCCUUGGUUGAUUGAUAAGGCACUUAAAUGAGGCUAUUCUUUAAAUAAGAAACACUCAUCCAGGAAUUAGUCUGUACAUAAAUUGUACUAAUUAACAGUUUGGCAUGGGGGAAACGGCUCCUGAAAGCACUGCUCUCCAAGCUUUGGUUGCAGCACCCUCUCCAGGUAUUCAUGUUUUCUUGUUUUAUUUUCAUACGUUCUCCUCACAGCGCAUGUAAAUCCAGUACUGUCUUCUAAGUUCACUCCUUCCAUAAACGUUUGUUUAACAGGCCCAGAAUGAAUGAUGGCAUUGUUUCAGGAACGCUGAGUAUUUAAGGGAUGUAACGAACAUCCGGAUGUUGCGCGUGUAUGUACAUAGGUCUUAAUAUGCACUGGUGACUCGAUGUCAUUUAACGUCACCUCUGAGUUUGUGAUCAUGGCUUUGACUCUUAACAGUACAAACUAGCGUCCUGUUCCCCACAGUGUGCUGUCGAUUCGUUUUGAUUCAACAGAUUCAUGUCACUGAUUGCCGCAUCUUCCUGAAACCAGAUCCAGUCAUUAACAAGGUGACACUAGUUCUGUCCACGGGUUACAGUAUCUGCACACCAGCUCCACGAAGGCUCAAGAAUGAAUUAGCCAUAUAUUGUUCAAUGGAUGCAAAAAUUGAAGUCUUGUUGUGUGACGUAUAUGUUACACUUGACCACAACUUCUUAAGAAAGAGUAGCUAGGACUCAUGGGAAAUGGUGUUGUUUAAAGGCCUCCUGUAGUCAUCAAGCUUCUUUUCUGUUCUGCCCACAAAUCUGAUUUAAACAGAACAGUUCACCACCAACAGUUCAGUUCUAUGUGUGCUAUCUGUGCAUUCAGGGUUCAACUGCCUCCACAGGUUGUCUGGCUGCAAUAACCAAAAUUCUCCUACACUAAACUCAAUAUUAACAGCCGAAUUGGACAUCCGUGUGCCGUCGCUACCAGAUGUGCAUCCUCCAGUCACUCCAGUCAAAUAACAGGUGUUGGCACCUCAUGGCUCACGAGAAAAUCGUGGAUUUUCUGAAUCGCAACCCGACCAAGUCUCCCUUUACUUUCUAUGCAAACUUUCUAACAUGGGAAACACACUUGACCUCUGCAGACAGAGUCAGUGAUGGGACAGGACACUUUAAUGCUCUAUAGGUAGAAAGCCACCCCUGGUACCAAGCUCCAAACACCUGUAAAUAUUUAACACUAUAUUUAAAUACUGAUAAUAAUCCCAGCUUUUUUGUCUUUGAAAUUUUGAAGAUAGAGCUGUAUUUAUCGUUGCUGUCAGCAUAUACUGUAGCUUCAAUUGACAGCAUUAUGUACAUAGGUCACCUUUUAGUAUUAUUUCACAUUGAAAAGUAGAGGGCAUUGAUGGAAAUGACUAUUGAGCUUCUAAUAGAGUUUCUCUCUAGUUUUGUAUGUUAGAAGGAAGGACAUUGCUAACACGGUACAGUAGUGGCAGUCCACUCGUUUAAAAAGUUUCAUAUAUACAGCGGCAAGAAAAGGCCCUGGCACCGUUUAGACCUGCAGCAGCUGCAGGAGGAGUUUUAGGCUCUUCUUCCCGUAAGUGUGUGUUCAGUGAUGAUAUAACAGAGCAUGACUGUGUUUUAUCACCUUUAAAAUAUAGUGUGUAUUGAUAUUUGUAAUUUUUUUUUUUGUUGAAGAUCAGAUAAAUUUUCAUGACCUGUUCGGAAACCUGCAAACGGUGCCAUUACUUUUUCUUGCAACUGUAAAUAUAAAUAUAUAUAUAUAUAUAUAUAUAUAUAUAUAUAUAAAGCUGCUAGAUACAAUCACUAAUUUUAUUGUAUUGAUAGAGAAAAUCAGCUAUGAACGACUGUUAAACUCCAGUUCUCCAACAGCAUAUAACCAUGACGGCGAGUUUUCACACGUUUGAUUGCUCUGUGUGAUGAAGUGGACUCUGAUCCGCGUUGUGUGUGUGUGUGUGUGGACAUUCGAGUGUUACUAUGUGUGUGCGUGUGCGUGUGGGGUUGGUGUGUAACCAGAUGUUUGGUUAGUUGUCAUUCUCCCAUAGUAAUUGGAUUUUAAUGCCCUGCGUUGUUGCAAGCUGAACCAAGGUUUGAUGAACCUGAUUAAAACUUGCUGGCUGAGAAGCAAAAAUGUAGGAUGUGCAUUUAUACAAGUGUAGAGAAUGCUGAAAUAACACUUCUCAUUCUGCAUUAACCAGCACAGUGCAACUUCCUGUCAUGUACUGUAUUAUAUAUGCAACAUGUGUCUGUCCGCUUUAAUAUAUAUAUUUUUUUGACCUGCGUUAUUAAGAGACUUCAGUUUUAACCACUUUGCUGCUAGUCUAUUAUCCUCUUUCAAUCUUGGAAAUUGUGCAUAUCUUUGGGAAUGCAUACAAGUGUACAUUCUUGACAUUGUGUAGAUUAAAAAAGAAAAAGCUAUAUAAACUUAUUUCUCUUCAGUGUAUUGUUUUUAAAAGGUUACUUUUCACAGCAGUUGAGUGGUUAUGUUUCAAUUCUCCGAUGCUUGGUGCACUGAUGAUACUAUAUGUAAGUUUUCUUUUUUCAUCUUACAGCGCUUGAUGUAACAUUUAUGUGAUUAGUUCUAAAUAGUGGAAGACAUUUGUGUUUUGAAACUUGCAGUAUAAAUGGUACUACUCUUAUCUAUUCUGUAUACACUGCCUGUUUUCUUUCUCUUUCUUUCACACUCUCUUUGUGCAUCUUUGUUUUUCUUAGUGCCACAAGCUUUCAUAUCCUGACAACCUCAAAAAAGUGCCUCACGUCCAUCCUAGUUUCCAUCUCUCAAUUUAACAUCUCUCGUUCUGGUACUAUUGGUUUUUACAUGUCUAGGUAUUUCUUAUCAUGGCUCGAGAAUACCAAGUAUAUGAUGUAAAAUUUAUAGUCCCAAUAACUCAUGUCAUAGUUGUAUUUUCUUUAUACAGAUGUAGCUUGUUACUUUUCAUAAUUAUAUAAUGUAAAUAUGCAUACAUAUGUUUGUAACUGUUUUUAUGUUACACCAUACACUUGUAAUUUGACAUAUCAAAUAACAUUAUCAUAAUAAAAUGGUGAGUUUUAA